AUGCCGCACGUACUCUCCAAGGACGGCACAAGCAUAUUUUUCAAUGUCUACGGACACGAUAGGAAUGCGCACGGGUCUCCCACACCUCGAGCCCUGCUCAUCAUGGGUUUUGCAGCGUCCCACAUAACGUGGGCCCCCCAGCUGGCCGGCCUGCUGAGCGAGGGGUGCCUGGUGUGCCUGGACAACCGGGGGGUGGGCGCCAGCGAUGCGCCGCAGCACCCCUCCGCCUACUCCACGACCCUCAUGGCCGAAGACUGCAUGGCGGUGCUGGAAGCGCUAGGCUGGGACAGCGUGCACGUCGUGGGCCACAGCAUGGGGGCCAUGGUCGCCGCCAAGCUGGCAGCGGCCUGGCCCCAUGCUACAGCCUCCCUCACGCUCAUCUCUGGGACGGGGGGCGGCUGGCAGGCCAUUCCCUUAUCCUUCCGCUCCCUCUGGCUGGGCCUGCAGCUGUGGAUGGCGAGCAGCGUGGCAAAGCGCGCAGCCCUGGACGUGAAGUUCCACUACUCCCCCCGGACCCUGAAGCAGAAGGACGCGCGGGCUGACGUCUCGAGGCAUGAGCUGCUGCUGGAGGAGUAUCUGGCUGCAGCAUCCCAGGGUGACGGAUCCCAGCCAGCCCACGGAAUGACGGGCCAGCUGCAGGCCGUCUGGAGGCACAGCCUCAGCAAGAAGGAGUGUCGGGCCAUCCGCGGCGCGGGCAUGCCCUGCCUGGUCAUCCACGGCAGGGACGACAUCGUGGCCGCCCCCCGGCACGGCGCCAAGCUGGCGCGGCGGCUGCGCGCCCCUUUCCUGCUCCUUGACGGCGCCCACUUUGUUUUUCGGGAGCAGGCCACCGUGGUCAAUGGCGUGCUCCAGAACCUGCUGCAGGGCGCCUCCUUUGUGCAGGCGGCGGCAGCGAGCGCGCCGGGGUCGCAGACGCACGUGCCCACCGCGGCGCUGGUGGCGGAGCUGGAGGCGUGGCGGGUCCAGCAGGGCAGGGGGCCCAAAGAGCGACAUGCCGGCGUCAGCUCCGUUGCGUCCUCCGCCGACAGCCUGCUCCACCCCCGCCAUGUGAGUUCUGCGCAGGCCUGCGUCGCCUUGCUGUGA